AGAAAGAGAAGAGGAGGAAUCAGGACAGGAAGUGACAUCAGCUUCUAUUAUCAAGGCAUUUAAGAGAAGCACCCAUUUUGAUCAGGUUUAAAACGAGGAAAAGGGUUGUUACGUCACAGGCGAUGUGGGCGUGGCUAAAUAACGCUGAUGUGAAGCGGAAUCCAGAGAUUCAUCGUGUUUCAUCUCUCUCGAACAGACAUGGAUCGCUCUCCUUAUGCCCCUGACAGCCCCACGGAGCCCACAGCGCCUUCUACAGCACCAUGCACAACACCCUGCACCACCACCACGUCUUGCACCAUGGAGGUCUCUGAAGCCCAGGUUUUCUGUAAUGAUGACCUCCCAGACCUGGAGUGUGCCGUGUGUUUCAGUCAGUUCAACAACGUCUUCAACACACCCAAAGUGCUGCAAUGUGGCCACACCUUCUGCCUGGAGUGCCUCGCACGCAUCAACAUAAAAUCCUCUCAGCCCGACAGCCUGCAGUGCCCUCUGUGCAGAGCGUACACCCCUGUGCCCACCCUGGGCCUCCCUAAACUGGCGACAGACAGCGUGGUGCUGUCCUGCCUCCCCGAGGCCAUGCAGCGUGUCUACAGCAUCCACUUCAACCGCAACAGAGGCAAGCUGCAGUUGAAGGGCAUCCCCAGCUCUGUCCCACCUUCCCCGAACCGUCAGCACCGCAGCCUGGACCUCGGGGAGCAAGUCAACACUGAGCUGGAACAUUAUCCACCCAGCGGUGUCUGCCCCCGCUUCAUCCUGAUCAUGGAGAUAGCAUUCCUUAUCAUCGGUUUCUGCCUCCUUUUCUUAGUUUUUCACUUACACAAUUUAAAGCCAGAGAUUGGCUUACAUGCACACGAUUUACCUUGACUGUUGAUUUGUGUAAAGCUGCUUUGAGACAAUGUCUGCUGUGAAAAGCGCUAUAGAAAAAAAC